CUCGUGGGUCGUCGUUUUACGGUCCGCACUGAUCACCACAGCCUCAAACAUCUUCUCACGCAGAAAAUUGUAACUCCCUCGCAGCAGAAUUGGGUGGCCAAAUUACUGGGGUAUGAUUUCCAAAUUGAGUACAAACCGGGAGUCUCCAAUUCAGCGGCUGAUGCCCUAUCUAGAAGGGCUGAUGACGGGGUGUUGUCAGCACUCAGUGUGCCAGAUUGGGCAGGGAUGCAGGAGGUGUUGGAAGAACAAGAACGUGAUGAGUUUAUUCAAGGCAUUGUGACUGCCUUGAAGACCGAUCCAGGCAGCCGAGUGGGGUUCGAAAUCAUAGACGGCAAGCUGUUUUUUAAAGGAAGGUUGGUGCUGGCAGCCACUUCCGAGUGGAUUCCGAAGCUGUUACACGAAUUUCAUGACACACCGGAAGGGGGGC